GACCACUCAGAGAGCCCGUACGCCUCUGAAGCAGCAGCGGACUCUGGAAGCAAAGGAAACACAGCAGUUUGAGCUCAGUAACUGCUGAAUAACUUUCACUUUGGUGGAGUGGUCGCUGCUCAUUGUUCCAAAGAUGUUUUCACUCGGGGAGAAAAUUGAGUUUUUCAUAGGAAACCCCUUUUCGACGCCUGUUGGUCAGAGAAUCGAGCGAGCGACCAGCGUCUGUCUGCAGUCGGAGGACUGGGGGAUCAACAUGGAGAUCUGUGACAUCAUCAACGAGACGGACGAGGGGCCCAAAGAUGCAGUCAAAGCUAUCAAGAAGAGAAUCGUAGGAAACAAGAAUUUCAGAGAGAUCAUGUUGGCCCUCACUGUUCUCGAGGCCUGUGUGAAGAACUGCGGCCAGCGCUUCCACAUUCUUGUGUCGUCACAGGAGUUUAUUGAAGGAGUUUUGGUGCGAUCCAUUCUGCCCAAAUAUAACCCCCCCAUUGCCCUGCAUGACCGUGUGCUGAGCCUCAUACAGUCGUGGGCGGAUGCGUUUCGAAGCUCUCCCUCCCUGGCGGGGGUGGUGUACGUAUAUGACGACCUGAGAAGGCGCGGUCUGGAGUUCCCCAUGACAGAUCUGGAUGCUCUGUCCCCCAUACAUACUCCCAAUAGGAGUACCCCAGAAAAUGAGACUCCUGAAACAGCCCCCGCUGCCGUUCCCACACCUCAGUCCGAACCACAGCCAGCUUCCAGUGUCCCCCCUCAGAUUACUUCCCCCCCGGACCAGAGGGGUGAGGAGCCGGGCUCCCUCUCUGCACAACAGGUACAACUACAUUUAAAAAACCCUGUCAGUCAAUGUUUGCAUGGAACAGGUAUUGUUAGGUUUGACAGACUGAACAAGGUUCAAGUGUCAAAUACCCCACAGCAGAGCUUUAGCACCACCACUAACCUCCUGGACCUCAGCCCUGAAUCCCCCUCUCUCAGCCAACCUGAUGUCAUCACAACAACCAGCCUAUCAGCAGACAGCGCUCCUGACAAUCAACAUCAAUCAGCCAACCACAAAGAGGAGGAGGAGUUUGACAUGUUUGCACAUACAAGAGGAAGCUCCCUGGCUGACCAGAGGAAAAGUGUCAGGUAUGAGGACCCAGGUGCUGUGGAGGGCCUCGCUGGAGCUCUGGACACCAGGUUGCAGGUUACAGGAGGGGUGGUGCCAGCAAAAAACUCCAUGCAGAGCGAUGUUGACAGAUCUAAUGAUAUGGAAGAACACUCUUCAGUUAGCGAGGGGGUGUCCAGUGAAGAGUUUGAUAAGUUCCUGGAAGAUCGAGCCAAGGAAUCAGACCACAGCGCCCCGACGAUUCGCAGCGUACCCGCCUCCACAUUGAGACCUCCUCCACAAUCUGCCCGGCAACAGGAAAAAUCAGACCAGCUUUUCUCACUUUGAGUGCGAGGGAAAAAAAAGAGGCGGGUGGAUGAGAAGGUCAACCUAAACGCAACAUUUUAUUGAAAUAUAAUCACACACAUGCUGCGUUAAGUCAGGCUUUCUUAAAAGAGCGCACACACA